AUGGCCGCUGCCCAGGACACUCGGAGUGGCCAGAAGGACUCCUCCGACCAGAACUUCGACUACAUGUUCAAGCUGCUCAUCAUCGGCAACAGCAGCGUGGGCAAGACCUCCUUCCUGUUCCGCUACGCGGAUGACUCCUUCACGUCUGCAUUUGUCAGCACAGUCGGCAUCGACUUCAAAGUGAAGACUGUGCUCAGAAACGAGAAGAGAAUCAAGCUUCAGAUCUGGGACACAGCGGGCCAGGAGAGGUACAGGACCAUCACCACAGCCUACUACCGAGGGGCCAUGGGCUUCGUCCUCAUGUACGACAUCACCAACGAGGAGUCCUUCAGCGCCGUGCAGGACUGGUCCACUCAGAUCAAAACGUACUCUUGGGACAAUGCCCAGGUGAUCCUGGUUGGGAACAAAUGUGACAUGGAAGACGAGCGUGUCGUCUCCUCGGAGAGAGGCCAGCGUUUGGGAGAACAGCUUGGGUUUGAGUUUUUUGAAACAAGUGCCAAGGACAACAUUAACGUCAAGCAGACCUUUGAGCACCUCGUGGACAUCAUCUGCGACAAAAUGUCGGAAGGUUUGGAGACCGAUCAGGCUGCUGCCACAGCUGCGAAGCAGAGCACGAGGCUCACGGAAACCCCUCCCCCGCCGCAACCCAGCUGCGGCUGCUAA